AACACAUUAUUACUGCAAACACAUGUUUAUUGUUUUAUAUUACACACAAUACUAAACAUUAUUAUUAUUAUUAUUAAUAAACUAAUAGUAAAACACGUGGUUUUUGUUAGUUUACUAACAAUAAUAAUUAUCGGUAAAAUUGUGGCCAAAAAUCGCUGUUUGUUUAAUUAGUGGACACUGUGGACAUAUAUCGGGUUCAAGUAUAUAUUGGCCAUGAGCUCUGGCGAUCAGCCGACUACUCCGGCCAACUCAGUGGACAACAAUAAUACAAGUUUACCGCCACAGCCGUCGCCGCCGCCCCAAUCGGUUACCGAUGUACUGAACCGACCGGCCGACGAGUUUGUCAACGAUCCGACCAUCGAAGGCCUGUGGCUGACGAAAGCCGUACAGCAUAUGGAAGUCUAUUUCAAAUUGAUAACAUCCGUACCGACAGCCCGGACACUGAGACUGACGCCGCAGGACGACCAGAUUUAUUCAGAUUUUCGCCAACAGUUUCCCGAUUUGGAUGUCAAACAGCUGACCGAAGACAGGCUCAAGUGUGACGAAGCUAAGGCCAAGUGGCGCCAGUACUGUAAUGGCCUGGAAUCGGUAGUCGACGACUUUAAUUACGCUACACUAAUGCGUUUGGACGCCCGCAGCGACUACAGCGAAGCCAAUACGAUUGUUGUACCGCGUGUCCAAUUUCUGGCCAUUGAAGUGGCCCGCAAUCGCGAGGGCGCCAAUGAUGGACUUGACCAGCAAUUUAGUAAACAGUGAUCCAUACGAUUAAUAUGUGUUUAUGUCUGUGUUUAUAGUGUAUUGAUAACUAUUGUUAAUUAGUGUUAACUAUUGAUAACUAUUGAUUAACUAUUAUUAACUAUAAAUUAAGUGUAAAGUUAA